GUUGAUAAAGAAUGAAUUGAGAUAAGAGAUGGCUUCCGCCAAUAGAAAAAUGCUUUCACGUUGACACUGGCAGCCCUACCGGACGGUCGCUGAAAGAGAAGGAAACAGAAAGAGAUGGGGGAUUCAACUUCAAGUAGAUCGGAAGAUUUCUCGGUGUUGGUGUUGGCAUCGGAUCUGGGCAUAGAUGCCCGGCCCUUUUUGAAUCCGUCGGACAGAGAAGGAGGCGAAGAGCAAUGGUACGACUGUCCCUCCGCCGACGAACAGGACUACUCCGAUCUCGACGCCUUGCAGUUCUUCCGCCUCGAGAGCGGUUCCGACAAGUCCGGCAACCGCAUCUUCCGCAUCGUCGGCAAGUACUUCCCCGCUCCAGUUGUAAGUGGGGAACGGCUGAAAAGGUAUGUUUUUCAUAAAAUACACAGUGAAGUACCAGAAGGACCAUUCUGCAUUCUUUACAUGCACAGUACGGUGCAGAAAGAAGACAACAAUCCAGGCCUAAUGAUCUUGAGGUGGAUAUAUGAAGAGCUUCCCUCUGAUUGCAAGGAUAGACUGCAGGCAGUAUAUUUUGUUCAUCCAGGGCUCCGCUCAAGGCUGGUCUUUGCCACUCUUGGUCGUUUCUUUCUAAGCGGAGGCUUGUAUUGGAAAAUCAAGUACAUUAGCCGCCUACAGUACCUAUGGGAGGAUAUCAAGAAAGGAGAGGUCGAGAUCCCGGAGUUUGUGUGGAAUCAUGACAAUGUUCUGGAGCACAGGCCGCUGACAGAUUAUGGCAUCGAACCAGAUCCCCUCCAGUUAAGUGAGGUUCCAUGUACAGCCCCCUCACUCGGGAGGUAUGAAGAUAGGUGGGCAUCUAGAGGGUAUAUAUCUUAGAAUUUCUCAGUGCUAAGAGUGUCCCUUACUCUCUUUAGCAUGACUCUUUAGGCUUAAGCCUUGUAAAAAUAAUGGUAUUGUGUGCCCAGCAUUUGGAAACUUUAAGAAUUUUUCUGCUUGUUACCUAUAUAAUAAGCAGAUGUUUCCAGAUAUGUUUGUGAUAAUAUACAUGGUGCAGAUAACAUUUUUAUAUCUAUAA